AUGGGGAGGUUUGACUCCAAGAAUGCUAAUCGGGGUAGGGUGAUGGCGGCGGUGGAGCCGGUGAAGAAGCCUUAUGUGGGGCCCCACCCACAUUGUGGAAGAUGCAAUAGACACCACCCCGCCAAUGUUCAAUGUGGGGCAUGCUUUAAUUGUAACCGUUUGGGGCAUAUGGCGAAAGAAUGUAGGGCACCAAGGGGGGGUACGGGUCCGCUCAAUGUAGCUCCUAUUCAAGCUCUUCCUCCUCAAGGCAAUCAAAGAAGAGGCGAAUGUUAUGUGUGCGGUAGCCCAAAUCAUUACCGUAACAAUUGUCCUCAAUGGGUGGGACAACAAGUUCAAGUGGCCGUUCACCCCAAUCAACUACAAAUUGCCGGGCCUAACCAAAACCGGGGACAACAAGGUCACCAAGUGCAACCCCGUGGCCGAGCCUUUGCGGUCAAUGCAAAUGAGGCCCGUAAUGAUCCCAAUGUUGUUGCAGAAACGGUAAAUGGCACCUUAGCAAAACUUAGUCAAAUACUUCGUGAUUGUAUUUUGACUCUAAACGACAUCGAAUUCUACAUCGACCUUAUGCCUUUUGAAAUCGGUAGCUUUGACGUUAUUGUGGGAAUGGAUUGGUUAACGGCGGUAAAUGCAACUAUUGAUUGUGGGGAGAGAGUUGUUAAAAUACCGUUGUCUAGCGGUAAAAUUCUUAGAGUUCAAGGUGAAACUUCCGAUUCUCUAAAUUCUAAAGUCUUUAGUGCUACCAUCUCAAAGGUAGAAUUGAAGACUGUUCCUAUUGUUUGUGAAUUCUCUGAUGUUUUUCCGGAAGAAUUACCGGGAUUACCCCAUCUCGUGAACUUGACUUUCGUAUCAAUCUUAUUCCGGGAGCCGCACCCGUGGCAAAAGCUCCUUAUAGACUUGCCCUCACUGAAAUGCAAGAACUCGAAGCUCAACUUAAGGAACUUCAAGAGAAAGGUUUCAUCCGUCCUAGUCAAUCUCCUUGGGGUGCUCCCAUUCUCUUUGUCAAGAAGAAAGACGGGUCGUUUAGAAUGUGUAUAG